ACGGCUUCAGCGGACCAAUCACAGAUGAGGUAGGCGGUGCUCCUAUCCAACAGGGCAUCGGAGGAGGAGGUGUUCCUGGUAGCCAUCUUGGAUGUGCGGAGUGAUUGUUUAGCGAGAAGAUUUUAUUUUAUUUAGAAAAAUAGCCUUUGUACUGAAACGUGGUAGAUUUAACGGAGUUGGAAAACCGAGGAAAGAAAUCGUAACUCGGGAAAAUCCAGUAAAAGAAGGCAUGAAGACAUCAUCCUAGUCAUCAGUCAUGGCCGAUAAAAGGAAACUACAAGGUGAAAUAGAUCGAUGUCUGAAAAAAGUAGCGGAAGGAGUCGAACAGUUUGAAGACAUUUGGCAAAAGGGCAAGAUUUGGAGAAGUGAAGGACAUCUAUCCAAACUUCACAAUGCGGCGAACGCAAAUCAGAAGGAGAAAUAUGAAGCAGACCUCAAGAAAGAGAUUAAAAAGCUACAGCGUCUUCGAGACCAGAUCAAGACGUGGGUGGCUUCCAACGAGAUCAAAGACAAAAGGCAGCUAGUAGAGAACCGCAAACUCAUAGAAACGCAAAUGGAGCGGUUCAAAAUAGUGGAGAGAGAAACCAAGACAAAGGCGUACUCUAAAGAAGGGCUGGGUCUGGCCCAGAAGGUGGACCCCGCCCAGAAGGAGAAGGAGGAGGUUGGCACGUGGCUAACGAAUACGAUAGACACGCUGAACAUGCAGGUGGACCAGUUCGAGAGCGAGGUGGAGUCCCUCUCAGUCCAGACCAGGAAAAAGAAAGGAGACAAAGAGAAUCAGGACCGGAUUGAGGAGCUGAAGAAGUUCAUCGAAAAGCAUCGUCACCACAUCCGGAUGCUGGAGACCAUACUGAGGAUGCUGGACAACGACUCAGUGCAGGUGGACUCCGUCAGGAAGAUCAAGGAUGAUGUGGAGUAUUACCUGGACUCGUCGCAGGAUCCGGACUUCGAGGAGAACGAGUUUCUCUACGACGACCUGGACCUGGACGAGCUCACUCAGACGCUGGUCGCCACCUCCCCACCCGGACAGCUGGAGGACGAGAUCUUCCAGCACUCCAGCAGCACCCCCACCUCCACCACCUCCUCUUCACCCAUCCCCCCCUCGCCUGCCACUUGCACUACGGAGAACUCUGAAGAUGACAAGAAGAGGGGACGGUCAACAGACAGUGAAGUCGGUCAGUCACCUGUGAAGAACGGAAACCCCUCCUCUUCAUUAUCCUCUUCCUCCUCCUCCUCCUCCUCUUCUUCCUCUUCUUCUUCCUGCUCCUCUUCUUCAUUUGUGUCUGGACUGACCUCGUCCUCUCUCGUCUCCAUGGCGCCCAUCACGGGGGGAGGACCGGGGGCCAACAGUCACCUGGGCAGCUUGGGGGGCCUCCUCUCCAACACGUCGGCCGGCAGCUACAGCAACGCCACCCAGCAGCCGCCGCACCCGUCGGCACAGCAACAGCAGGCCAAAAGCUUAGUGAGCUCCGCCCCUUCAGCUCCCAUCUCCAUCCCCAUCAGCUCUGCCAACAGCCACAUGGCCUCUUCUCCCCCCAACGCCAUCACGCAGGGGCUCUUCACUUCCAGCUCCCAGGCCCAGUCUCUGUCGGGGCCCACGUCCACCUCCAACAGCCUGGGCCUCAGCCUGGGCCUCUCGCUGGGGAAAGGCGGCAUGUCCAUCCCCACCAGCUCCAUGUCCGGGAGCCUGGGCCUGUCAGGGAUGCAGGCGUCCCUGAGCAACAUGGCAAGCCUACUGUCGGGUUCCACCCCGGCCCCCUACGCUCAGGCAGCCUCCUCAGGGGCCAUCGGCUCCGGCCUGCCCGGCUCUCUGGGUGGCAUCGGCAUCAGCCCCUCCUCCUCCAACAGCGCAGUGGGCUCCAUCGGCAGCGGCAGCAUCACGGUCGGCGGGCCAACCUCCUCCUCGGGGGGGCUGCUGGGCCCGGCGCCGGGGCUGAGUGGCAUCAGCUCCGGUAUUCUGGGUCUGGGCUCCGGGCAGUCGGGGAUGCAGGGGUCCUCCCUCAUGUCGCUCAGCCCGGUCGGAGGGUUAGCGCCCGGUAGCGGAGUGGGGGUCAUCGGGAGCAACGGAGGCAGCUCGGCAUCAGCAGGGAGCGGAGUGGUGGGGGGGAACAUGUCGCUCUCCGGCAGGCCGCCCAGCCAGCAGAAGCAGAACGGUAGCACCAGCGGUGUACCCUUUGUGUCUUUUUUUGGCGAUACAGGUUACAGCGCUGUGUUAGCAGACAGCACAACAGACUCCGCCCUCACCAGUGCCAGCCAAUCUCUCAGCAGCCAACCCUCGUGUCUGACCUCCACAGCCAAUCAGACUAAGGACACUGGUUCCAGUCUGCUGGGCUCCAUCUGUUUGUCGUCCAGUUCCCCGUCGCAGGCCUUCUACAGCGAGGCCAAGACGGUGAGCGGCAGCAGCCUGCUGAACGGACCCAUGUCCUACUCACAGUCCUCCGACAGCAUCAAGCCCCAGGAGACUCUGAGCAGCCUGAAGUCCAUGGCCGAGCGAGCAGCACUCAGCUCAGGGAUGGAGGGAGACGUGCCCUCCCUGCACCUCACCCCAGUCUCUCUCUCCUGUCUGUCUUCAGACAUUUUCCCCAGCAGCACUACGGCCCAGUCGGGCCCCUCGUCAGCGCCUCAGCUCUCGCUGUCGGAGGUCAGCAUCCCCCCGUCACUGGGGGUGUGCCCGCUGGGGCCCGUCCCCCUCUCCAAAGACCAGCUCUACCAACAGGCCAUGGAGGAGGCGGCGUGGACGCACAUGCCCCACCCGUCCGACUCCGAGAGGAUCAGGCAGUACCUGAUGAGGAACCCGUGCCCCACCCUGACUUUCCACCACCUGGUGCCCCCACCCCACUCUGACACUGUAGAGUUCUACCAGAGGCUUUCCACGGAAACCCUCUUCUUCAUCUUUUACUACCUGGAGGGCACUAAGGCCCAGUAUCUGGCAGCCAAGGCCCUGAAGAAGCAGUCAUGGAGGUUCCACACAAAGUACAUGAUGUGGUUCCAGAGGCACGAAGAACCCAAGACCAUCACGGAUGAGUUUGAGCAGGGAACGUACAUUUACUUUGAUUAUGAGAAAUGGGGCCAGCGCAAGAAGGAAGGCUUCACGUUUGAGUACCGGUACCUCGAGGACCGAGACCUCCAGUGACCCGCAUCGAGGAACACACACACACACACACACACACACACACACACACACACACACACACACACACACACACACAGGCGAAGAGCGGACAGCUGAGGAAGUGUGAGAGGGACAGACGGAUGGAGAAGGCUGCUCCACCUGCUGACAUUCCUCGAUUUGCCCUCGACUCGUUGGGGAGAUGGACCCUGCCUCAUCAUCCUCCCCCCCAGCAGGGACACCUCCUCCCACCCUGUCACUCCUCCUCCUCCUCCUCCUCCUCCUCCUCCUCCUCCUCCUCCUCCUCCUCCUCCUCCUCCUCCUCCUCCUCCUCCUAUCAUCAGGCCUUUUAUUCCCAUCUUUUCCUGAACCAUAUCUCUCUUUAAACAACAAGGCUUCGUUUUAGCACAAAGAAUUUAUAAUCCAACUAUCGUGUGCUCUCCCCCCUCCAUUUUGUUUCUCUCUUUGUGUUGGCUUUCAAACGUUAUCUUCUAUUAGCCCCUUUAAGAACCAAAGCUGAUUGGUUCAUCAUUAAAUGCUGGCUCUAAAGCAGGGAUCAGCAGCAGGGCGGGAUUCAAGGGAAAUGUGUUAUUGGAGUUAUUGUAAAUUCAGCUAGAUUAGGGAGAAAAUGGUCAUAGGUGAUGUGAACUGACUUGAGAUCAGCCAUGACAAGAGCUUAACGACACGUAAUAUAUCCCGUAAGAACCGGAAAUAUAUUUUGGUCUCUGCCAUGUUCUCCACUAUAGCUAAUAAACUGGUAACGAAGUGUUUGUUAUUGAGGCAAGAGCGCUUCACAUACCUAAUAAUGUUUUGCAUUAUAUCAUUUUUCCAGUGGGGCGAGAGACAUUAGUGGUGCUAAUAGGAACUUCUUGGAUGACUUUUGAAAGUCUGUAUUUAAUUAUUAUUAGAAAAGCACCAACUCAGAGGCUCUCUGCUGCCUACCGUCAUGAAGGAGUCAUUCAAACCUUUUUGUUCCCUUCAAAUAUGUCACUGGUGACUUAGUGCUAAUAAAUAGCUUUUCGAUUUAGGGUUUUGAAUAUACCAACGCUAUCUAAACGUUACUGGGAAAUGUGAUUAAUGCUAUGCAAUCAGUUUGUGCACAGAAAGGCAUCACUUCCCCAAACAUUCAUAUUUAAAAUGAAAAGCGUGUCCUCCGUUAUUAUUUGUUUGCAGUGAUACAAACACUUUCCUCCCCCCAAAGAGAAUCCCGUGACAGCGGCUGCAUUUUAAGAUUUGUGUCGUUAAGUUUUUGUCAAUUGUUGUCUCUUGGAAGUUUAACCUAUAAUCAAAUGCUCGGGUGCAAUUCUGUCAAAACGCAAGAUCAACCUUGCUCUUUUGGUAGAAAAUGGUAGUUCAGUAGCAUCCUCCUGCCCCCUUUUUGUUCAUCUCCAUCACCUCAGCUGAGCGUCUCCCACUGUGCGGUGGCUCUAUCGCAGACGUAACACCAACACAUCGUCUGUUCACCAGCGUAGAAAAUAAACCAGCACCGCCUGCCAAAUGUGGGUAAACGUUGGUGGGAGGUGGCGCCACAGGCCUCUCGCAGGAGAAGUGGCCGCUGCUUCAUUUUGGGAUUCCUCCAGCUGCGGUGGUGUUAAGACCUCGCGCCCUGCUCCCUCCCAUCGGGCAGAGGGGUGAGGUGUGACACUAAGAGGUGAUGGUAGUAACUCGGGCAGUUACAACACUUAAGAAUAUGUCAAAUGUAUUUAUAAUUCAGCAUUUUUCCCACACGCGUUCACAAAUGUCAGCAGUUCACCUUGUUUCUUUAAAGUAAAGGCUCAAUUCACCCAACUCACAGCAAAGAAAAUGAAUUUAGCAAAUGUUUCCUCUACUGGUGUCUGGUCAUGCUUAUGGAUUUUUGUUUUUAUUUUCCAGUGCUUUGAGGCAAUUUAGAGACUUCUGCCUCUCUUCAAUAUGGAGCGCCAGCUAUUAGCUUAGCUUAGCAUAAAGACUGGAAAUGGGCGAACAGCUAGCCUGGCUAUAUCCAAAGGGUACAAAUGUAGCUUGACCCAUUAACUCCUUAUAUACUGUUUGUUCAGUUUGAUUUAAAAAGCAGUUUUGGGUUUUAAAGUGAUUCUGGGCUAUUUCCUGAUGUGUUAAACUAACUUCCUGUUUUCCCAAUGUUCCCAUACAUCACUCCCUGAAGAGCCACAAAUGUUGUUGUUUUUCCCUUUUUUUAAUUAUUAAUUUGACCUAUGGUUUUCCUAUUAUUUCCAGUCUUUGUUGCCAACUCAAGCUAACCAGCUGCUGGCUGUAGAUUCAUCUAACUAGCAAAAAAGCAUAUUUCCCAAAACGUUGGGUGUAUUGCUUUGUUUUUCAAUUAAUUGGUAAAUAAUGACAUCUCCAGAAUCAAACACUCGUUGUAUUUCAAACCUGGAAAAGCAUCUGCAUGACUAGAUACCAGUAGAGGUUGAAGUGAUGAUGUUGGUGUGUUUCUGUUGAACACUGAAGGCUCCAGCAGGGAUCACAGUGAGAGUCGUGGGUGUAGAUGCUACCAGCAGCUGGACCGACAGUUUGUUAGUCUCCCCCCUCCCCCACAAACUGAGCAACACCAGCACUGCUGCCCACACCUCCUCUGUCCUCCAGCUCCAUGUUUACACACUGAACCGUUUCCACUGGGCACACAACACACACGCACUGCCCUGUCCUCACCACCAACAAUUCAUGAUUUCUCUUUCCUCAAUCCUAAACUUUUUUUUGAUUCACUUGACUUUUGAUUCUCACAAUUCCUAUUUUCCGAACUCCUCUCUCUUACAGCCGCCUCCCCUCCCCCCCUCUUCCUCUUCCUCUCAUGCCAGGUAGAUAUUUCCUUUAUUUCUCAGGAAGUAUUUGAUAGAUCAUUACAAGGAAAUGUAAUCCUGCCAGCAGCUCCCGUUGACACAGCACAACAACAACUACAUAAUCUUCCCCAAAAUUUAAAUUUUUGAAAAUCUCCCUCUCUUUUGACCUGCCAGUAAUAUUUCACUCAAAGGCUUUUUAAGAAAAAAAACAAAAAAAAAAUGCAAAUAUUACUCUCCAAUGUUUGGAGCAGCGCCUGGGAGAGAGGCCAUGUUUAUAUUUUGUCGGAUUAUUCGUAGUAUAUUAUUUUUUCAGACAUGGGGAAAGCUUUUUAAAAGCCCGAGGAGAACGAGGAGCACUGAUCCUUUUUUUUUUUGGAGAUCGGACAUUUCUCAAGAGCAGUGUGGGGUUUUUAUAGCCAGACAGACAACUCAACACUUAUUCACUUGACUGACUGCUUUUAACCUUUUUUUUGUUUACUUCUUUAUUGUUUUUGACAAGCGGAAUCAAUGAGAGGUCAAUCCGAGAGGCGAAAUGUGAAUCUCUCUCUUGCCCCUUGACAAGUGUUGUAUAGACUCUCAUUCUUCAAACCUCUACUUUGUUUGUUUUGUUUUUUUUGUUGUCGUUGUUAUUGCCGUCGUCAGACAGCACAGAAUAAUGACACUUGCAAAGUGGCGCUGAAAAAGUAAAUAAUGACAUAACCAUGAAUAAAGGAUUGUAAAAUAUUAAUAAAAGAAGUACUUUUCAGAAAACUGAA